CCCUCGUCGCUCGUGUCGACGCCGUCUUCAUCGACAACCUCUCCGCAGGCGCGCUCAUCCGCGCCCGCACCAAAGGCCCCGCCGCCAUAGACGAACUCUAGACCGCAGUCGGUGCAGGUCGUCUGCAAGCUCACGCAACGCCUGCUAAUUCCACUCCAUAGACCUACUUAUUCCCUCCAUUUAUUGGGCCGAACUGCGUUUCGUCUUCCCUCCCACACUUCUACUACUUGCUCUCCCACCCGUUUCCCAAUAUGCGCGCCGUCUUACGACCGCUGUCCACCCACACCGUCUUCUCCCCCAUUGAGACGUGUGUCUCCGUCUUUGUCCUCGCGACUCUCGCAUACUUCCACAUCCUCUCUGGCAUUAAGCACUCUUCCUUCUUCGCCUCGUCGCAACCGCCUGCCCUGCGCCCGACAUACGCGCGGCUUACCGACGGUGAAUGGGUUGCUGUGUCUCGACACGACUGGACGGAGGCCUGGAAGCAUCCGGGUGGUAGCAUUAACGCAUUGGAGUUGCAGCAGGUCAUCUUCACCCUAGAUGACAACGCACAGGCAUCUGCUCCCCUGGACGCUUCUUCUAUCGCGCAGUAUCUUGUAACAGAGCUCCCCGGUCCCUCUGGCAAGCCGUACUCGUCCAUCUGCCACCACUCAAACUCUUCCGAGUCUGCGUGCUUCGUCAAUGUCUCGGAGCCCGGGUCGUCUCCUGUUCUUACCCUUUCCUUCAAGCCUGGAACUCGGGAGGAUUGGCUCAGCGUGCUCAGGAACGAGAAGUCGAUCACGGUUGAUGGAGUCAAGUAUGAUGUUGAUGCUGGUCAGGAGAGCAUCAGGGAGAUGAAGAGCAGCAAGUGGGUCGCAUACGCGCUCAGCGCGCUCGUCUUGCGCUUCUGGGAGCUCACCAAGAAAGCGGACUCGCUGGACAUUCUAGUCGUGCUAACGGGUUACAUCCUGAUGCAUCUGACCUUCUUGAGGCUGUUCCUGUCUUCGCGUGCAUUGGGUUCGAACUUCUGGCUGUCCACUGGCAUCUUCUCAUCCGCCAUCAUUUCGUUCCUCUUUACCCUUCCUCUAUGCCGAUCAUUGGACAUCCCGCUUGAUCCCAUCGCGCUGACCGAAGCCUUACCUUUCUUGGUCUGCACCGUUGGAUUCGAUAAGCCUCUGCGUCUUGCGCGUGCAGUGAUGGCGCACCCCCACAUGCUCAAGCCCCAAGAAGACGGUCGCAUGAAAACAGCCGGCGACGUCAUCCUCGAAGCGCUCGAUCGUGUCGGCAACGUCAUUCUCCGGGACUAUGCUCUGGAAAUCGCCGUCCUCUUUGUUGGUGUCAAUAGCCGCGUUGGGGGCCUGAAGGAGUUCUGCGCCGUCGCCGCCGUUUCCCUUGCCAUGGAUUGCGUGAUGACUUUCACACUGUACACGGCAGUGUUGACCAUCAUGGUGGAGGUUCGUCGCAUCAAGAAGGUCCGCGAUAUGUCAAAGUCCCGGUCUCGUUCUGGCUCCAUCACUGCCAUCACGGCCAACGGCACGGCAGUCCGCAGUGUUCUGUCACGUACCAGCAGCAAGCAGAACCUCGUAGCUCAGGAGGCUCCGAAGAACUUGCGCGAGCGAGUUACGGAUUCUGCGAUUGGCGUCAAGGGCUCAUUCCUGAAGGAUGGUGGCAAAUUGCAGGAAGCUGAGGAGAACCCUAUGGCAAGGCUCAAGCUGCUCCUGAUUGCUUCCUUCCUGACUCUCCACAUACUAAACUUCUGCACUACCCUCACCCCUGCCACCGCGAACGCACGUCAUCAGAGACAUCCGCUUGCGACUGCUCCCGAAGUUGUCACUUCUCGGCGUGUCGACAUCACCAGCCCUGCCAUCGCGAGCGUUCUCUCUACCCUUGUCGUCUCUGAGAGCGCCUCAUAUCUAGUCGAGGGCACGGAGCCGGUCGAACUCAUCGUCAAAGUCGCUCCCCCGGUCUAUGUUCGUGCCAUUCCCACCGCUGCUCCCCGUACUGCGAAGCCCAACACUGGCGAGGCGUUCGAGGACUUCAUGUCCUCAUGGAGCUCGCUUGUCGGUGAUCCCGUCGUCUCGAAGUGGAUUGUCGCGCUCCUCGCGGUUAGCGUUGCGCUCAACGGUUACCUGCUGAAGGGCAUCGCUGCUGGUUCUGGUCUCGCGGCUAUGCGUGCGGUGCGCGACCGGGGCGUCAGAUUCCGCUCACGCGCCCGUUCCAUCGUCAAAAUUGCGGACGAACCUGAGGAGGAGCACUCGCCGGCCCCUGUGAUGAUCAUGGCCAGCGUCGCUCCCGUCAUUGAGGCCUCAGCACCUGUCCCAGUUCCGGAGCCCGAGCCUGCCCCCGUUCCUCGCCUCCCGAUGUCUGUGCUCAGUCGCCCGCUCAAUUUGGAGACAGUCGACAAGAAGCUCCAAGACGCCCUUCCUAUCCGGUCGCCCGCUCCCUUCGAGCCCAUCACGCCCCAGACCCCUGAGGUCGAGCCUGAUCAGGUCGAGGUCCGCUCUCUCGCUGAGUGUGUCGACAUCUUUGAGAAUGGCCCCCGCCCUGUUUCAGUGGCGCUCAAGACGCUCAACGAUGAGGAAGUUAUCCUUCUGUGUCAGACUGGCAAGAUUGCGGCCUACGCUUUGGAGAAGAUGCUCGGCGACUUCGAUCGCGCCGUCCGCAUCCGUCGCGCCCUCAUCUCUCGUGCUUCGCGGACGAAGACACUCGAGAACUCGGCCAUCCCGAUGAAAGGCUACGAUUACUCUCGCGUCAUGGGAGCGUGUUGCGAGAACGUCAUCGGCUACAUGCCCCUUCCUCUCGGUAUCGCCGGCCCGCUCAAGAUCGAUGGUCUCAUGUAUCCCAUUCCGAUGGCCACCGCUGAGGGUACUCUCGUUGCAUCCACGUCUCGUGGCUGCAAGGCUCUCAACGCUGGCGGAGGUGUGACGACCGUUCUCACUGCCGACGGUAUGACCCGUGGUCCCGCCAUCGACUUCCCGUCAAUCGUCCGCGCCGCUGAGGCGAAAGCAUGGAUUGAAUCUGAGGACGGCUACGCGACUGUGAAGGAGGCCUUCGAGUCGACGUCCCGUUUCGCCAAACUCCAGAAGAUCAAGUGCGCUCUCGCGGGCCGCACGCUGUUUGUCCGCUUCGCGACUCGCACUGGUGAUGCGAUGGGCAUGAACAUGAUCUCGAAGGCGACGGAGAAGGCGCUCGAGGUUCUCAGCCAUGAGUUCCCUGAGAUGAUCGUCCUUGCGCUUUCGGGCAACUACUGCACGGAUAAGAAGCCGGCUGCCAUCAACUGGAUCGAGGGGCGUGGCAAGAGCAUAGUCGCGGAGGCGGUCAUUCCCGGCAAGGUUGUCAAGAGCGUGCUCAAGACCACCGUCGAGAGCUUGUGCAACGUGAACACGAAGAAGAACCUCAUCGGAAGCGCGAUGGCGGGCUCUGUCGGUGGCUUCAAUGCGCACGCAGCAAACAUCCUCACCGCUGUGUUCCUUGCGACUGGUCAAGACCCCGCGCAGAACGUGGAGAGCUCGAAUUGUAUGACCCUCAUGGAGCCAACAAAUGGUGGCGAGGACUUACUCGUGACCAUCACCAUGCCCUGUAUCGAGGUCGGCACUGUCGGUGGUGGCACUAUCCUCGAGCCCCAAGGUGCUGUGCUGGACCUGCUCGGCGUGCGUGGCGCACACCCGACCAACCCUGGACAGAACGCGCAGCAGCUCGCUCGCAUCGUCGCGUCCGCGGUCAUGGCUGGGGAGCUCUCGCUCAUAUCUGCACUUGCCGCCGGCCACCUUGUUCGCGCACACCUUGCACACAACCGCUCGCAGCUCAACACUCCCCUGCCCUCGCGGCCACACACGCCGGGCCCCGAAGAGGCCAAGUUCCAGCUACCGACCCCGAGCGAGAGCGACAGGUCAGUGGCGUCGCAAGCGCAAGGGUACGUUGUUGAGGCGAAGUGACCGCCCUAUCGCCAUCGUCUGGUCUCUUGGUUGUUAGCUUGUUGUAUGGUCGUCUUUGCAUGCUUUGCUCGGAGGAGGGGAACAUGGUCACAACAAACAUUUCCUGUCUAUGUAUUGAUAUCCAUCACACCACGUCCUUUUUCGCACGUCACUUAGUGUUUAUUCCUUGCUCCCAUUUGACUACCGCCCACUACAAUCGCACACAAAUUCGUUACCCCAUACGCACUGUCACAUAGUCGGUACUUACUAUCCCUUGUACUACUUCUUGCACCAUGAAUGCAAUGCAUAGAUUUGC